AUGGAGAAAACUACAGAUGUACUUCUUCUCACUAUGAAUUCUUCAGAGAAGCAAGAGACUGUAUGUAUUUUUGGAACUGGAGAUUUUGGACAAUCACUGGGACGUGAAAUGUUCCAAUGUGGUUAUUCUAUUGUUUUUGGAAGUCGAAACCCCCGGAUGUCCAGUCUGCUGCCCAACGGUGCAGAGGUCCUGAGCUACUCAGAAGCGGCCCAGAAAUCUGACAUUAUAGUCAUAGCAAUCCACAGGGAACAUUACGCUUUUCUCACAGAAUUAACUGAGGUUCUCAAUGGGAAAAUACUGGUCGACGUCAGCAACAACCUCAAAAUCAAGCAGUAUCCAGAAUCGAAUGCACAGUACCUUGCUCAGUUGGUGCCGGGAGCCCAUGUGGUAAAAGCAUUUAACACCAUCUCAGCCUGGGCUCUCCAGUCAAGGGCACUGGAUGCAAGUCGGCAGGUGUUUGUCUGCGGAAAUGACAGCAAAGCCAAGCAAAGAGUAAUGGAUAUUGUUCGUAGUCUUGGACUUACUCCAUUGGAUAAAGGAUCUCUCAUGGCAGCCAAUGAAAUUGAAAACUACCCACUGCAACUAUUUCCAAUGUGGAAGUUCCCCUUCUAUUUGUCUGCUGUUCUGUGUGUAUUCUUCUUUUUCUACUGUGUAAUAAGAGAAGUAAUCUACCCUUAUGUUUAUGAAAAAAAAGAUAGGACAUUCCGCCUGGCUAUUUCUAUUCCAAAUCGUGUCUUUCCAAUAGUAGCACUUACACUGCUGGCCUUGGUUUACCUCCCUGGUAUUAUUGCGGCCAUCCUGCAGCUGUACCGAGGUACAAAAUACCGCCGAUUCCCAGACUGGCUUGACCACUGGAUGCUUUGCAGAAAGCAGCUUGGCUUGAUAGCACUGGGAUUUGCCUUCCUUCAUGUCCUCUACACACUUGUGAUCCCUAUUCGUUAUUAUGUACGAUGGACAAUGACCAACAGAACCAUUGCUCAGGCAAUAGCCAAGAAAGAAAGUCCAUUUAGUACCUCUACUGCCUGGCUCAGCGAUUCAUAUGUCGCUAUGGGAAUGCUUGGAUUUUUCCUGUUUGUACUCCUGGGAAUCACUUCCUUGCCAUCAGUUAGCAACAUGGUCAACUGGAGAGAGUUCCGAUUUGUCCAGUCCAAACUGGGUUAUUUGACCCUGAUCUUGUGCACAGCCCACACCUUGGUGUAUGGCGGAAAGAGAUUCCUCAGUCCUUCAAGCCUCAUCUGGUAUCUUCCUUCAGCCUACGUGAUAGCACUGAUCAUCCCUUGCACGGUGCUGGUGAUCAAGUUCAUCCUCAUCCUGCCGUGUAUAGACAAGACCCUUACACGGAUCCGUGAGGGCUGGGAAAGGAACCCGAAAUUCUCAGAAUCAGCACUGAAUGGAAAAACAGAUAUUUAA